CAAAAAGUCCUCAGUAUGUCGGAGCUUAUAAGCUCAACUCGUCGCGUAUUGGUGCUUGCGCAGUUCCAUACUCGUUCACAAGUUGCCGGUUUGCGCGGUGUCAGCAGUCAGUACGCGCGCAGCCGUCGGCGCGGACGCAUGCGCCUCGCGAGCGUGCGAUGCGUUAGCUCCAUGGUGUACCCCGAGGCGGCCCGCUGGGGAGCGCCCGACACGCUCGCGCCCCUCUACGAUGACGUCUACCGAGCCGAUGGAGUACUCUCAACGGUGAAUGUAGUAGAAGCUCUCCAGGAGUUCUGGCAAGUGAAGGCGUCGAGGAACGGCGGCGCGGCGAGCGGCGGCAGCGGCGCGCUCGUCAUAUACGAGUCCGUGCCCGCCGCGCACCCGCCUUAUGUAUGCUAUGUCACGCUGCCGGGAGGCGCCUGCUUCGGCAGCUUUCAGAAUUGUCCCACAAAAGCAGAGGCUCGUCGCAGUGCAGCGAAGAUAGCGCUGAUGAACAGCGUGUUCAACGAGCACGAGUCGCGGCGCAUCUCGGAGCACUUUAUCGAGAAGGCGGUGGCGGAGGCGCGCGCGUCCUUCGCUGGAGACGCAGCCGCGCACCAGGACCCCAGCGCUGGGAUUGCGGCCUUUAGGUUUAUGCUAGAAGCAAAUAAGGGGCGCACGAUGCUGGAGUUCCAAGAGCUGAUGACGGUGUUCCAGCUGCUGCACUGGAACGGUUCUCUACGGGCCAUGCGAGAACGGCAGUGCUCGCGACAGGAGGUGGUCGCACACUACUCCGCGCGCGCGCUGGACGACGCCAUGCGCGAGCAGAUGGCGCGGGAAUGGGCAGCGCGCGAGCGGGAAGCGGGGCCGCCCGGCGUGCUGAGAGCGGAGCUAUCACGGGCAGAGAGGGAGCUGCGCGCUGCUCGGCUCGCCGCUCGCGAGCUGCGCUACCCCAAGGAGAAGCGCGACAUCCUGCUGCUCGCCGCGCGGCUCGCCCCGCCGCAGCAGACACAGUGAUCUCACCGCGCCACUACUUUUUGUUAUUUAAGUAUAGUUCUAUAGUGUAAGAAU